AAUUUUUUCUUUUGAAAAAAAAAAGAACAAAUUGGGUCAGUGGGACGGAGCAAUGUCAACAUAGCUGGCUGGUGGGGAUCGUUUACCCCACAAACCCCACAGCUUCGAAUCUCUCUCUCUGUUCUUCCUUUUUUUUUUUUUUGUUGUUGUUGAUGUUCUUGUUUAAUUAAAUUCGUGAGGGCAAGCUGGAAAAUGGGUAAUGAUUUGAGUGAUUUGAUUAUUCCUUUUUCUAUGUUUGUUUCUCUGUUUCUUGGCUUUCUGGGGGUGGUUUCAUUUAUAAGCUCUUCUGUUGUGAUUGUGAAGUGGAAGAAUUCAAAAACACAGCCAAAAUGCUCUGUACUACUCGAUACAGCAAAAUGAACCCUCCCCCACCUAUUCGUCUUUCAACUUGGCAGUACCAGACAACACUAUUUUGCUGCUUUACAGCCCACCCAUUACUCAACAACAUCCCAAUUUUAAUUCCCCAAGAUUAAUUUCAAUUGCCCCUUUCUCUCUCUCUCUUCCUUUGUAAGCCCCCCUUCUCUCUCUUUCUCUGUAUUAUCACUCUUUUUGUUGUUUUGGCCACAUGGGUUUUGUUCCUCUGAUUGUUUUGUUUGAAAGGUAGUCGGGUUUUUGAUCUGGUUUUUGCUUAAUCGAGUGUUUGUUCUUGGUGGGUUUUGUUGGGUUUUUGAUUUUGUUUUGGGGGUUUGAGACGAUUUUGAAAUUGGGUUGGUUUGGUGGAGGGGAAAACGAAGCAAUAAAACUCUGAGAAGUUGUUGUCGGCGCGAGGUCACUUUCUGUCGGCAUUGUCUGUAUCCAAUGAUGCAUUUCGUAUUAAUUUAACCAAAAAAGUACUCAGCCACUGCUUCUGCUGCUGCUUCCUGCUUCUUCUUCUUCGGCGAUUUCGUCAUCUUCUUCUUCUUCUUUCGAUUUUGGCUUCUCGCCAUUUGCAGGAAGCCGAUGAUCGGACUCCAUUUUUGCGAUUUUGAGCUCCUUGAUAAGCCAUUUUUGGCUUAGUAGUCCUAAGAUUCUUCUUCUGCUUUCGGAAUGUGGGUUGAAUUUCAUCGGGUUCACUCCACGCUUCUGCACUUUCCGAUUUCCAAAUGACGCAAUGCCUCCAGAAGAUCUGCCUCCUCCAUAGUUUCUCCACGAUUUCAGGGGGUGGAGGUGGAAAUAAUGAAGAUCUAUGGCUUGAACCUCAUUCUUGUGGUUGACUGUUGGAGUUGCUCCUAUAUCAAACACUUUAGAUUCAAUGUAUUAUAGUGUGCAUAGUAAUUGUUAUACUGUAAAAAAGAAUCACCGGUGAAGGGAAGAACCCACAUGAGAUGUCAAGCGUCCUUGCAGCAAUAUUAGGAGGUUCUGCAGGAGCCGUGGCAUUGGUGGGGUUGCUUAUUAUACUUAUAAGAUUCAUAGCACGCUCUCGAAAUGCUGCACGAACUUCCGAGACUGGCUCUUCUGAUCCUUCUGUUCAAGUGGGAAGACAUGUUGGGAUCGAGUUGUCUUUGCGGGAUGCUAGGCAUUUCGAGAUGGCGGAGUUGGCGUUAGCGACUAAUGAUUUCAGCGAAAAUAACUUGAUUGGAGAAGGGAAGUUCGGGGAGGUCUAUAAGGGCAUGCUUCAUGAUGGAAUGUUUGUUGCUAUCAAAAAGCGGCAUGGAGCGCCUAGUCAGGAUUUUGUGGAUGAGGUACACUACCUCUCGUCUAUUCAGCAUCGAAAUCUCGUAACUCUUUUGGGCUACUGCCAGGAAAACAAUCUACAGUUUCUCAUAUUCGAUUACAUACCGAAUGGAAGCGUUUCUAGCCACAUAUAUGGUGCUGAGCAGCUUUCGGCUGAGAGGCUAGAGUUCAAGAUCAGACUCUCCAUAGCUCUGGGGGCAGCUAAAGGUCUGGCUCAUAUUCACUCCAUGAGCCCUCGUUUGAUACACAAAAACUUCAAGACAUCCAAUGUUCUCGUAGACGAGAAUUUUAUUGCUAAGGUAGCAGAUGCAGGACUUUACAAUGUCAUGGGAAGAACCGAUAUUUCGGAAUCAUCAUCUCGAGCAACAGCGGAUGAGAUAUUCCUUGCUCCAGAGGUAAAGGAGUUUCGACAAUUUUCCGAGAAAAGUGACGUAUACAGUUUCGGCAUAUUCCUUUUGGAGUUGGUUAGCGGUCAAAAAGCGACAGAUGCGCCCGUUUCCGAUCCAAAUUAUACCCUGGUUGAUUGGAUACAAACCAAUCAAAAGAAGAGCGACAUUGCUAGCAUUGCAGAUCCAAGAUUGGGGAAGAGCUUCACUGACGAAGGCAUGGCCGAACUGAUGCAGUUGAUACUUCAAUGUGUCGGGUCGUCGAGCGAGAGGCGGCCGGUGAUGAGCUAUGUGGUGAUGGAGCUUGAAAGGAUACUGGAGAAAGAGAUGAACUUGACAACAGUAAUGGGAGAAGGAAGCCCAACUGUUACUCUUGGAAGCCAGUUAUUCAAAGCCUCAAAAUAAAGAGGGAAAAAAAAAUCACAUCCUUGUUUGUUUGCCAAAUGUGUGGUAUAUGUGUAAUAAGAUUAUUUUUUUCAGUUCUUUAUUAUUUUUUUAAAUAUUCAUUUUCUUUCUUUUUUUUUUUUCAUUUUUCAUUUUCCAUCACAUCAGAGAAGAAGAGUAAGAGACCUCAGCUGUUAUUAAGUGUAUAAAAAAGAAACAGCUGAAUCAUUCUUUUUAUCAAUUUUUUUUUCUUCACAUAUGUAUGAAAGGUAAAUGUUGUCAGCUUAUUGUUCAUAUGAAAGUGAAUGUUGAGAUUUUGUGUGCCA